CCAAGCAGUAGAAUACGACGCCGUAUCGCAGCUGUUCAACUUCAAACUGUAACCCGAAUCCGAGGCGAGCUGGGAGCGAUCCGGCGCGGUGCCCUGCCAGAGGUUCCACUCUUCCAGAUCGGCUUGCGGGAGGUAGUGCGGAGUUGAGAGGAUCGAUUUCAAGAGUAACAGCCAUGGGCGAUGUUGCCGGCCUUCGCGCGGUUGUCUUAUUGCUUUCGCUGCUCUAUGUUCUGCGUGGGAGUGAGGCGAUAUGGUUGAAUUUGCCGGGGAGUGGGACAAAGUGCGUGUCGGAGGAAAUUCAGAAUAACGUCGUGGUUUUGGCAGAUUACGUCGUAAUUUCAGAUGAUCACGUCCACUCUACUCCGACCAUAUCCGCCAAGGUCACUUCACCGUAUGGGAAUACACUUCAUAACAAGGAGAACACUACCCAUGGUCAAUUUGCAUUUACAACCACUGAGGCCGGAAAUUAUUUGGCAUGCUUUUGGGUCGAUGGGCAUAAUCCAAGUGGUGGGGAUAUAACUGUUAACAUCGACUGGAAGACGGGGAUUGCUGCCAAGGAUUGGGAAUCAGUUGCUAGAAAGGAGAAACUUGAGGGUGUUGAGCUUGAGCUCAGAAAGCUUGAAGGAGCAGUGGAAGCCAUCCAUGAAAAUCUCUUGUAUCUUAAAACCAGAGAAUCUGAAAUGCGGGUUGUGAGUGAAACAACAAACGCUCGGGUGGCUUGGUUCAGCGUCAUGGCAUUGGGCAUUUGCAUCCUGGUUUCACUUGCCCAGAUAUGGCACUUAAAACUCUAUUUCCAAAAGAAAAAGCUCAUCUAAUUUCAUUUUUACAUUCAUGUAUCUUAUUGGAUGCUGGUUGAGUUUGUUACAAGUUGUUUUUGCCGCUGAAAUAUGUUGUUGUUCUGAUGAAUGAUUAUUUUGUAUUCCCACUAUACAUUUCAGAGAAAAUGUUCCUGCCUCGUUUAGGUUUAGAAAUUUUUCUUUUUUUUUGGCAGUAUUCAGUUUUAUACAUGUGUUACAGGAAAGCAUCCCAUUAGACUGGUGCUUGAUUAUGCCUUCUGCUUUGUAAGCCAGAGCUUGAAAUUGAGAAAGCAAUGUGAGGGCUGGUAUUGUGGACAUUAUCGACUAAGUUAUGAUCAACUGUACGUUAAACAUAUACAGAUAGGUUCAGCUGUAAUGAAUUGUUAUUGUGUGUCCUCCAGCUAUCUUCUCCUCAUUGUGCGAGAAUGUCUUCAGACAGCUCCCUGUUAUUCUGGUUUUGUCCCUGUCAUCUUAGUCAUAGUAAAUUAUUUACAUGUUUAUAUAUUUCUGGCAUGUGUGUGUGUGUGCGCGGGUGUCGGUGUAUCUGAUAAAAGAAUUGUGUUGAUGAGAAAUGCAUAAAUCUGGUACCUUGUAAGUUCCCCUCUAUUAUUUUUGUUAGUCAUUGAAAUAAUAUUACCUGCCGGAAUUGCCUAAGGAAUGCUCCAGGAUCUCCACCAUGGCCUGCCUGUCGACAUAAAAUGCUUGUUGACAUUGUUACGAGGCACAGCUGAGCCCAGUUCAUGACCAAACUGAAUGGCCUGACAGCGAAGAGAUCCGUCCAUCUCCAGGUUUCAAACUCCCUGUUGCCAUUUCCUUCUCCUCCAAAGAAGAAACCCUCGUCCCAGAAGAUGUGGUCGCUGUUCGACAGGCCUUGGAUUUCAUGCCUACAGACCGGACAGACAGGACAGAAAGAAUCGGCCUUGAGAUGCUCGGAAUUCAGCUCCACCAACGGCAGAGCAUCUAUGGUGGAAUCAGGUGCUGGAGGCGGU